AUGUCAGAUAUUAUGAUAAAGAAUCGAGAUGAUGAUACAGACAAAUAACAUAUAAUAACUGAUGGACACGAAUUUGAUAAUUCAUCAGAUCAAAGAUUGCCAACUUUAAUGAAUCCUAAUUCUUAACCUUCCCCAAUUCUAUUCUGUGAAUUUACACCUACCAAUACUGAUUCAUUUUUAAAUACUCCAAUUCCCAAAGGCAAAACUCUAGAAUGUGAUGUGAAAAUUAUAAAAGGAUGGUUUGGUCGCCACUAACACUAUAAUUUCUAUCAUUCAAAUACAAAUAAACUUCUACUUUCAGUGAAAAAAUAAUAAUGUCCAGGAAGCAACAAAUUUUAAUUGAGUAAAUCAGAAAUGGAACUAGAUCUUGUUGGAACUUUAGAGUAAUUUUUAAAAUUCAUAUUUUAGAUCUAAUUUUAUUGGUACAGAAUUCAUUUUAUACUCAAAUGGACUUUCCUAUAAGAACUCAAAUGAUCUUAAAACUUUGAGAAGAGAAUUAGCAUUCAUUCAAUAUGAAUAUCAAAUAUUAAAAACUCGAAGUAAGUUAAAAUAUCUAUAUUAUAAGGAAAUCUCUUUAAAGCUUACAUUCCUUCUUUGAUAGAGGGUAAACCUUAAAAAAUUAUUCCUAGAGAUGAGAAUACAGGUUUAAAAAUAAAAGGGAAAUUUUUAAAUAAAAGAAAUGAUGAAUAUUUUGAAUUUCAAACACAAGAACCUAUUUGGAGUUCAAAAUAUUAAUAAUUUACACUCCCAUUUAAUUCAAGAGUAAACAGUGCUUCUGUCCAUAACUUCUUGCUUAAAUAAUUGGCAGAAGAUGGCAAUUUAAGCAAAGAUGUUGCAAUUUAGUUUGGAAGAUGCGAUAACUAAUUCUUAAACAUCGAUAUUGCUUAUCCAUUCUCUCCAUUAUAAGCAUUCUCGAUUAUAAUUAGUUAAUUGGAUAAUAAAUUAUUAGUGUGA